AUGAAGGGAAUUCAAACAAACGUUAAAUCGCUGAAACGCACCGGUGUCAGAAGUAUGAUUUUAUACGUAUUCGCCACUAUUUUCUGCUCGCUUAUGGGAAAAGUGACAGUUACUCGAUUUUUCUUUGACUAUCCGAUUGUGAUACUGAUGAUGCAAUCCGCUGCCACUCUGUUUAUUGUGGAGGUGUUCCGAGUUCUGGGCAUCAUUAAAAUUGCACCAUAUUCGUUUGAAAAUGGACGCCAAUUGGCGGUUCCGUCGUUGUUGUAUGCCGCUGCUCAAUGGAUUUCGGUCGCUUCUUUCGAAGGAAUCUCGAUGCCAAGCUUUGAUUCCGUCAAAAGAUUUACUCCGUUAUUCAUCAUGUUCGGAAUGGCAAUUAAAAACAAACAACAGAAAAUGGAUGCGAAUAAAACGUUACUCAUUCUCGGAAUCUCGUUUGCUACCGCUAUUGCAGUAAACCUUGAUCUUUCUCUUGAUCGUUAUUCGUUCCUUUUCGGCAUACUCGGAUGCUCACUUCAAGCUGCUGCGUAUUUGCUGUUUGAGGAGAAUUUCCAAAUAUUUUCGGCUCUAGAAGUGCUUUAUAUGUAUGCUUUCAACUCGUUGAUUCUUUACAUUAUGGCCGAUAUUGUUCAGGACGAAAUUCGUGAUGCCUUCAUGUAUCUCAUCACCGCCGCUCAUCCACUUUUCAUCGUUUAUUUCAUAAUCACGUUGAUUGCGAGCAUUGCAUUCCAUUGGGCCACUUUUGCGUGUUUGGAGAAGAAUGGGGCACUUAAUAUGCAAAUCGUUUCGAAUGUUCGAGCAAGUUUGGAAAUCUUCAUCGCAUAUUAUCUUUCGAUCUAUUUGUUCUAUGAUGUCUCGCCAGGAAUUUUCAACUGGUUGUUCCUGAUCCUCACGUUUGUUGGAGCAAGAGCUCUUUACCAUCGAGAUGUUGAGCCGGAGAUUGUCCAAGGACCAUGGAUGACAAAAGCAUAA